AACUCGUCCUCACAAUGCAAUACCGUCAACACAAUGAGCGCAGGCAUUGGAAAUGACGAGCCAACCUUGAAAAACUACUGGGAGGAAGUCGACCAAGACCUCGUUGUUCUUCCAUCUUUAACCUUUGAUGCCGAGGAGUUAAAUAAAAUCUCUGGGCUGGUUAAUUAUGAGGAGCGUCUUCUCUACCAUAUUCUUCACCUCACCCACCCCGCCACGCGGGUCAUCUACAUCUCAUCGAUGCCGCUUGACCCAGAGGUCAUCAACUACUACAUUUCCCUCCUUCCGUCCUCUCUAUCACAUAAGGACCUGUCGCGCCGUCUUCGAUUAUUCUCUGUCCAUGAUCCAUCCGGACAUUGCCUUGCCCAAAAGUUGCUGAGGAGGCCUAGGCUUUUGCAGCGGAUCAAGGGCAUUAUAAGGCCUAGCCGAGCCAGAUUGCAGGUAUAUCGGAGAACAAUGUUCGAGAAGCGGGUUGCGGAGGAGCUAGGAUUGAAGCUGGAGGCUGCUACUCCAGAGGAAAUGAAAUGGGGAACGAAAUCUGGUUCGAGGAAGGCAUUCCGGGAGGCACAAGUGCCCCAUCCAGUGGGAACGUACCAAGCGGCACAGAGUGUAGAAGCGUUGGUAGAGGCAAUUGGUGAGGUUUUGGUCCACAAUCCGGGAGUGAAAAAGGGCAUGGUCAAACUCGAUGAGUCUUUUGCGGGCAUGGGCAAUGCCAUUGUGGACCUGAGCGAAGCAGCUGAGAUGUUGCACGGAUCCUCCAACUCGACCUAUCACGUCGAUUCUUCUCUCAAAAAUGCUAUCGGAAGAGCUUUGGAAUCCAUGUCAUUUGAAUCCAAGGACGAAUGCUGGACCCGAUUCCAGAGCGGCAUCCAAUCCAUUGGCGCCAUCUUUGAAGCGUUUGUCCCGCAGCAAGCUGGGCAAACAACGCCGUCCGCUCAAGGAUAUAUAUCAGAAGACGGCCAAGUGACUAUUCUCUCGACACAUGAGCAAGUAAUGGAUGGGCGACAUUACGACGGAUGCCAGUUUCCUGCCAACUCGGCCUACGGUGCUGGAUUAGUUCGUUAUGCAUCUGAGGUUGGCCAGGUACUGGCGAAGCAUGGUGUAGCAGGGCACUUUGGCGUUGAUUUUAUGGCAACCCCACCAUCAGCCAACUCUAGAUCAAACGAACACAGCCUACAUGCCCUAGAAAUCAAUCUCAGAGCAACAGGAACAACAUUUCCUCUCAUGUCCCUCCUCCUCCUCAAUCACACAUCGCUGGAUACAACAUCCCCAGCGCAACUGAAGACAAAACAUUAUAUAACAACAGACCAUUUCGGCUCCGAGGCUCUUAAAACUUUAACUCCAGGAGAUGUGCCCGAUAUUCUUUCACGGUCUCCCUACGACUGGUCACACGAAACCCAAACAGGAGUCGUUCUUUACAUGAUUGGCGGCGUGGCAGAGUUUGGACGGUUUGGAGCCAUGUUUGCUGGUGAUACCCUAGAGCAGUGCAAGGUUAUGAUGAAGGGAUUGAUGCAAAUCUUUGAAGACGAGGCUGAGAAAUGGAAUCAGGAAGCCGAGGAUGUGCCAGAGGAUUCAUUUAGCGUCUUGGUUGGGAGCGUCGUUGAGGCAAGCGGUGCAUAGGCUGUCUGGACAUUGGGAUGGCAAAACCGUGUACUUAGUAUCAUAUUGCCCAAGAUUAUGGAUGUUACAUAUGUAGUAUGUCAAUCGCCUCCGUUGUGUGGUAAAUCUGGGCGUCGACUCCCAUAAUGCCUGCAAUUGC